GUUAAGAGUUGCCAGAUGUCUCGGUUUUCCGGGAUUGUCCUGGAUUUUUUCCUAUUGCCAUCUCGUGAUGGACUUUAUUCUAAAAACUGUUCCUACGACGAACUAUCUUUGUGAAAAAACUGCCUAUCCUUCAUAUUCUGAAAUCGAAGUAUCCCAAUUUCUUUCGAGAACUCAUUUUAUUCCGGAUGUUAUUCCAAAAUACCUGGCAACCCUAGGGGGAUACUACGUCAGAUAUGGAACUUUUCUGCCAUAACGAACAUUUUUUAUUGUUCUAGAAAAUGUUUUAAAAAAUAAAUAAUUAAUAUUAAUCAUUUAAAUUUCAAUUAUAAAAAAUAAUAAAAUUAAAUGAUUAAUUAAGAAGAUGGAUAGAAAUUGUAGGUGGCGACGAAAUCACACAUCACGUGGCGUAACGUCCGUUCAAUGGUGUAGUUGUGAUAAUUGUAGUUUACGUCUUUUAAGUGCUACUUACGUUGACAGAAAAACAUUCAUAAGUACUUACAAGUUCUCUACCAGUUUUUGCUGUUAAAUGAAAACUGUUUUAUAAAUAUUAAUCAAUUUCACUAUCUGUAUUUGAAAACGUCAAGAUAUUUUCCUUGAACUUUAUUAUUAUGUUGACAUUCCUUUGAAUAUAUUUUAAAUUUCUUGAAAGAUUCGACCGUCAGGAAAAGUUGAUAUAAGUUAUGAACAAGUUUAUGUUAUAAUUUAAUGUAAAAUCAAGAUCUUUCAUCAAAAUGUAGUUCUUACCUGUGAUAUUAGAAUUACAAAUGAUCAGUUUAUAUUCUCCACGUGUGCUUUUGUGUCUGUGAAUGCUUCUGGAAACAUAAAGUAGAGGUUCAAGGUAACACUGAAAAAUGCUGGCCUCUGCGCAUCUGUUAUUACUUCGGUGUCCGAAGACGAACAUCCCGCCGUAUUUUUCCUUCGGAAUCAAAAAUAAGUUAUCGAGAACCUAUUCGUGCGGUAGAAACUCCACCGUCUCGUCGUCUAAAGGUCGACGGAUCGGUUGUCUACCCGUAAAACAUUCCAUUCUGAGAUUAUGUAGAUCGAAUAAUAUUUUAUGCGUGAGAAGUUGCCCGUUGUCCACUAGUCGAAAGCUUCCUAAUCUACAUGUCGGUAGGAUUUUACAACUUGCAAAACCAGAAAAAUGGAAGUUAUCUAUUGCCAUCGUGUUGUUACUGAUUUCGAGUACCGUGACACUUGCGGUCCCUUACUGUUUGGGUCAGGUGAUCAACAUAAUAUACAAUAUGCCGAAAGACGAAGUGAAGUCCAAGCUGACGAAAGUCUGUCAGUUCUUGAUAUUACUUUUUAUCAUUGGUGGUCUUGCUAAUUUUGGACGUGUCUAUUUGAUCAAUUUGACAGGACAGAAAAUAGUUAACAGAGUUCGAACAAUGGUUUUUAGUUCUAUCAUGAAGCAAGAAAUUUCUUUCUUUGAUGUCAACAAAACUGGAGAAUUAAUAAAUAGGCUGUCGUCCGACUCGAUGGUGGUCGGACAUUCCUUGACGCAGAAUAUUUCUGAUGGGUUGAGAUCGGCAUUUGCAAUACUAUCGGGAGUCGGAAUGAUGGUGUAUGUUUCUCCAGAACUGUCUCUUGUUGGACUGGUAAUUGUUCCGCCAGUUGCCAUCAUUGCCGUUAUCUACGGUCGAUAUUUACGAUACAUAAGUCAAUCUCUGCAAGACUCCCUAGCAAGUGCUGCCCAGGUAAAUUUCAUAUAAUCGUCUCUAAUAUUAAUAGAAUAAUUAAAUCUUUACCUGCAUUACUACAUCCAAUUAAUAAACUCCAAAUAUCAUUAAAAUGCAGUCUAUUUUAAAAAUCAUUGUAGCAAGGCUCAUGACACACCUAAAGAGCUUGAAUACAUCGCAAAGCUAGAAAGAGAUGUAGGGCUUAAGCAAAGUAAAGUAAAAGCCUUAAUACAAGAAGCAGAAAAAGGAGGCAAUAAGACUAAAGAUAAAAAAGAGAAAAAGGAGUUCACCAUAAUGGAAUACAGGGCAUCGUUAAGAAACAUAUACAGAAAAAUAGGAAUAGAGAGCAACAAGAAAAUAGCAUAUAAGAGAAACACAACAAUAUUCCAAAUGCUAAGAAAUGACAAAACACCUGUAGACAGGAGGCUAGUUCCAGGUUGUACAGUAUACUGUUGCAUUAUAAGAGGCUAAAAAAGGAGCUAUAUUAUAUAGGAGCCACAAAGACAUCAUUAAAUGAAACAUUGAAGAAGCACGAAAAGAAUAUAAGAUUUAAACAGCCAGUCACGGCUUUGGCUAAUUAUGCGAUCGUGGAUCCAACAGAGAUUGCAAUCGAAUGGAGCAAGGCCAAUGUUAUACAAAAAGUUGAAAAUAGAAGACAUCAAAGUAUGCAGAGGCCGGGCACAUCUAUAAGUACAGGGAAGAAUAUAAAUUUUCGAGAAUCAAACAAAAUAGCAUCAGCAUGGAAAGCGGCAGCGUUACAAUUAUAAAGAACAAAUGGACUUGCGCAUUCGAAUCUGAGAAGACCGUACAUUUUGGAAUUUCUGUUUGGCAAAUUUAAUUCUGUUAGUUUGAUCCUGAAGAAGGUCUGUUAAUUUGA